AUGUUUUAUUUCAUUUUUUUUUUUUUUACAGGGAUGCGUUUGAGUCUCCCGUUCCUUGUGUGCGCUAUCUUCGCCUCUUUGCAUUACAGCACAGAGGCUGAGCGAUUCUCCAACUCCAGAUACCUUCUGGGAAGAGCUCUUCUUAGAAGAGCGCGGGAGAUCAAUGAAACGAGAAGCAAUGGUGACGAGUUAGAGGAUGAGGUGUCGGAGGAAGAAAGGGAAAGAAUUCUGCAAACAGAAGCUGCGGAAGACAUAUUCGUUGGCUCCGGAAAUCACGUGUAUGAGAGCCAGGGGAAAUCGGAGACUUCCGGCUCUAGGCGUGAUGAAACUUCCGGCGAUGAAGGCAAACAGGUCGAGGAAUCGGGAAAUGAUGAAGAUGGUCCCAAUUCCGGUGACAGCGGCGAGGGUGAUAAGAGCGAUGAUGAUGAAAGUGAUGACGACGACGAUGAGGAGAAAAGUGAAGAUGAUGAUGAUGACGAUGGUACAGAGACAAAAAAAGAACAAGAAAGUUCAGACGAUGAGGUUACCAGCGGCUCAGGACUGAUUGAAAAUGAGAACGCUGCAAGGCGUAGCGAGGACGUUUCCGGUUCAGGCUCCGGAAGUGCGCAACAAGAUGAUAACUCGGACCAAUCGGGGUCGGCAGGAAGUGGCGUUGAGGCGUUGACACCCGCAUCAGCAUCAGGAGAUGAGGCUAGCGGAGUUGCAGUACAGAGCAGUGAGAACAACGUGGAGGAAACUGCCUCAAGAAAAUCAGAAAUUGCUACAGUUUCUGGAGAAAGUGAGGACGAAGACGAUGAUAGCGGAAGUGCUGAAGUCAUAAAAAAGGGGAUCGAGAGCUUGAGCCGACUCUUAACGCCAGUGGCCAGCGGUUAUGAAUUUGAGCUGUACAGCGGUAGUGCAGCAAAACAUGACAAGGAGCAGGAAAGCCAAGCCGAAGGUGAAAGCGAAAAAGGAGAGAGCUCAGAUGCAGAAGAAGUCCAUGUCAAGCAGUGUAAGAGGGUGUGUGAGGACCCCAUGACAUACGAGCAGUGCGCAGUUCCUCGAUGCGACUAUAAAAUGGGAACCAUCAAGGAUUUGUGCAUCUAUUUAUGUAAGCACCAGACCCCUGUGUGUAGACAAGAAUGUGAGUAA